UCAGUGGGUUCAGUAGAUAGUCAAGAAUGCCUCCUCGGCCAGGCCAGAUCGAACCUUUUUGCUGCUUUUUCUCGCACCGCGCUCGGAAUCACUAUAUAUGCACAUACAUUCAUACCUUCGUUUCUUCUGAAAUUCCAUUAAUGAAAAUCUGCCUGUAAUUAUACAAAUUUCUAUCGAUAAUUAUCCGUUGUUUCGUUAGAUCGUACAAUUCGGAAAUGUUGAUUGCGCUACGGCUAAAAUCCGCUCGGCCAUUGUGAGAACAGAGCCUGCUGGAACCAGUUCAACAUCCGGGGGUCAUCGGUGCACACGAAUGCGAAGCUAUCUUUUUGCUCUCCUGUGGAGGGGUUGUGAAGUGUAAAAAAUUCAAAAAAUUGGAAAGGAGACGGGAGUUUACUGCUAAGUAAGGAAUUGCAUCCCAGCGAAAGGGUGACCGCAAGGAGAUACGACUACUGCCCAUCCAAUGCGAGCCCUAGAGGUUUAAGUAAAUUAGUGUAUUUUUCUGCGAUGGCCAAGAUAAUGGCAGUGAAAAGGAAAUAAAAGAAGCCAGAAUCUGGUGCUACAGGUUUCGGAGGUGUGUAAUUGGCGAGCAAGUGCUUUUUAUGAAAAUGCGAUGAAGGGAAAUCAUAAAAGUGUUGAAAUCUUGGAAUGUUGUGCAAUAUUUUGGGAAAUAUACAGAAAUCGUGUAGUAUAUGUGCAUAUAUAAGCUAGUGUUCUGCCAAGCAGAGGCGUUUCGUAGAAAUCGGUGCAAUAAUUGCACGAGGAUAGGAUAAAAUGGAUGAAAGAUUGCUGAACGAUCUGCUGGAGUGCUCCGUGUGUUUGGAACGAUUGGAUACAUCCUCCAAGGUGCUACCCUGUCAGCAUACCUUCUGUCGGAAAUGUCUGGAGGAAAUUGUUGCCAGUCACCAGGAGCUGCGAUGUCCCGAAUGCCGAGUUCUUGUGGAUAUCAAAAUCGACGAGCUUCCGCCAAAUGUCUUGCUAAUGCGGAUCUUAGAGGGCAUGAAAACAGCUGAGCUGAACAAUCAAAAUACAAACAUAAACAAAGCGGUACGCACUGGCGUCGGAGGUGGGGGCGGUAACAUCUUUAACCUGCAACUACAGCAGCACAACAACCACCCAAGCAUACCUUAUCAGCAUCAAGGCUCGUCUCAGCAACAACAACAGCAGCAGCUUGCGAAAAACAACAAAACUGACCAACUGCAUCAGCAACCCCACCAUCCUCACUCUCCGCAACAGAAUCAGACCCAGAACCAGGCCCAGCAAGGUCAGCAUGCAGCGAGCCGUAUCAUUGCGCCGUCCGGCAACAAUGCACUGGAUCUGUCGAAAAUCCCACACGCAAAGGCAUUCUACGAUUUCGCCUCCAGCGAGACCAGUGACAUCAGCUUCAAGAAGGGUGAUAUAAUCAUUCUGAAAAAGAAAAUCGACCACAACUGGUGCGUGGGCGAAGUCAACGGAAAAGAGGGUGCGGUUCCAUUGAACCACCUGCAGGUCAUAGUGCCGCUACCGUACCCCCAGUGUAAGGCGCUGUACGACUUCAGCAUGGGACCCAACGAGGAGGAAGGUUGUCUCACAUUCAAAAAGGGAGCACUGAUACACGUGCUCCGCCGAGUGGAUCAAAAUUGGGCCGAAGGUCGAAUCGGUGAUAAGAUUGGGAUAUUUCCCAUUUCCUUUGUGGAAAUGAACAUACUCGGAAAACAGCUGAUGGACUCUGCGCUGAAACAUUUGCUGGCAAAUGCUUCUAACAACCGAACCGUUCCUCCGACACCAUUUGAUCUGAAUGCUAGCGAUACGACAAGUUCCAGUGUGACAACGAGUCCGAACUCUUCCGCAAGUACGACAAGCUCAAACUCUAGCACUGCACCUAGUAGUCCAACUUCGCUGUUCCUAGCGACUCCGGCAACAGGUGCUGUUAGUGGACAUUCAAAAAGGGACCAUAAAGAAAAGCGCCAUUCCCUGACUACCUUCAUGGCCAAUUCCAAUGGAACAAAUGGAGCCGCGGUGGGAGGGCCACUGAGUCAACCUAACCGCCACUCCGUUGAAAUUCUUAAUGUACCGGAAGCGGAACGAUCACAGCAGCAGCCUGCAUCACAAUCAUCGAUGAACGAAUCCACUGGGACAGGUGCUUCUGCUGCUGCCUCGGCAGAUCAUUCUCAGACCAGUCGACCAGAUAUGCUCAACUAUCAGAAGUCUAGCACUGGCAAGACUAGUCAGUCAUACCAUCCAAUUCCACAAUUACCAGCUACCUAUGUCGCUCUCUACCCCUACAAGCCUCAGAAACCGGAUGAACUAGAACUUAAAAAAGGAUCAAUCUACUACGUCACAGAACGAUGUAAGGACGGUUGGUUCAAAGGUGCCAAUCGGCAACAGAAGUGUGGAGUUUUUCCCGGUAACUACGUGACUGUGUUCAAAGGCCGCGAAAGUAGUCAUUCCAACCGCAGCCCCAACCCCCAGGGACCAUCCACCAGUACCCAAAAUCCGUCCAGUAAUAUAGCCCAAAUCACAUUACCUGCCUUACCACCGCGAGAUAACACGACAAACGCUGCCGGUCUCGUCUGGACCAAGCAACCGAAUCAAACCGGAAACUAUAUUGAUUCACUGUUUGGACGGAAAUCCGGAAGUUCUCCAGCAGAUAAAAACUCUACCGCAGCAGCUAUUCCGGCAACUGUCGCAGGGGAACCCUCACAUCCAACGAACCAAGUUGCUAAGGAAAAGAAAGAUUCAUCAGCGGUGAGCUUGAUGAAACGAUUGACCAACAUCAAGCGAUCGAAAUCUCCGACAUCUGCUGCUAACAGCGGAGGAACCGCUAAUCCUGCCUAUACGAUGGACAAUCCAAUGUUUGAAGAUAGUACGAUUGCUGCGGUUUCGCCUGCAGCUAAGCCAAAUCUACAUCAAAUGAUAAACCCAGUGCAUGUCAGAUCCGGAUCCUGUCCCAGUCAACUUCUGCAAAAUCUCCCGGUGGAUCUCCUGAUGGCCCAAGGCCGCGAAAAUGUUCCUUACCUGUACGGAUCCCAGCGGGUGAAACCCCACAAAGAACGACCAUCGAUGCACGGUCUCAAAACCGAAGCUUCCAGGAAAAAUUCUAGCAAACAUUUGGCGGCUACUAACGCUGCCUCCAGCCAGCAUCAGUCUCACGAAGCACCCGCUUCUACGUCAUCUAGCGCACAUGGAACUAAACAAUCUCUACCAUAUCAUCGCAAAUCUCAAAGUCUCGACGCUUCAGCCAUUAUAUCCCAGGUGAACGGGACGCCAUCAAAGUCGAAAUCGCACUCGCAAACGGUGCGAGAGAGGUUCAAGUGCAUUGUUCCGUACCCGCCGAACAGUGAGUACGAGCUAGAACUACGCAUCGGAGAUGUCGUGCUGGUGCACAAGAAGCGUGACAACGGCUGGUACAAGGGCACUCAUCAGCGGUCGGGUAAGACUGGUCUGUUUCCGGCUUCGUUCGUCGAACCGGAUAUGUGACAUCAAAACUAGACACUCGAGCGAAUCUUCAUUUGUUUUAAAUGAAACCGAAGGUAUUACACAUUCGUGGAGCAGUAUAACGGGCAUGUCGUCAGCAUGUGUUACUUGUUUAAGUGAAAGUGGUACUAGAAGUAUAUUUUAGCAUUUAGCAAUUCAAUUGAUUAGUGGUUAGUAUCUUAAUUAGGGCAAACAAAUAUGACAACACCUUGAAUUAGACCAACAAAAGUGCAAAUCUGUACCUAAUCGUUCUUUAUUGGGUCCCCAAAAAGUCUGAUUGAUUAUGAAGUUAGAACAUGUUUUAAAAACGUUAUUAUUCCGAAAACAAUGAACCCACUAGCAAUGAAAAUCGAUCCUGAAUUUUAAUAAAAAGAAAAAAGAUCACCAAAAAUACUCGAUGGACUACAAACGAUUACUCUAAUUCGAAUUAGUUGCAGUGUCAUUUGCAUUUCUAUUCUUGUGCAUUUUUAUAAGCUAACAACAAUCGUGCGAACAUCUUGUAUUGUGUGUCUAAAACUCUAAAUAUUGACUCAUUCCAAGUAAGGUAUAAUCAAAGUGACAGAGAUUACUGUACAAAUGUUCUAGAAACAUUAGCCAAAUCAUAGAUGUUGUGUUUAAUUGCGAAACUUUAACAACAAUAGUAAAGGAAAACUUUAUUCGUUUAGAUAAUCUAUAUAAGCAGCAGCAACAGCAACCGACAGACAGACGUAAUGUGUUUCAUGUACACCAUACUAGUAAUUGCGCAAAUCUAUAUCACACCAUAACGAAAUCAUAUUUGUCUAACAAAAAGAUCCUGAGAAACUGUUUAUGUUACACUACGAGAAAUUUAAGCAUAAUAUAAACCCGUAAAGGUAUUUAUCGCGCAAAAUCUGAGAGAUAUAAAACUAAACGCUCUACUAACAGCACGUGUUUCAAAACUAAGUUUUCGUUCUGAAAAUCGUGAGAAUAUUUAAUUAACUGUUGUUCUGAACGUCAAAAAGUAAGCAGAAAAAAUCGAAACAAAAAAAAGGCGGGGGGUGGAACCAUAUUCCUGAAUAGGCGUGCAUUAUAGAAAAUUCAAAAAUAAUGUGAAAAUUAAGCGAGGCUAACUAGCACAACCAUUCGGAACAGGGUAAAUAUAUUUGCCAGUCGAAAUUUUUGUUAUCAAAAUUAGCAAAACAGCAGAUGCCUUCAAUGGAUGGGAUGAUAAAAAGAUAGUCUGAUCGGUAGAGACAUUUUUGUGCCUCUCGAGGAACUAUGAAUUGCGCAAAUAGAACGGACCUUUUAGUAUUGUGUGCCCCGGUUUAACGUGAUUGGCCAGGUAGUGCUAAUAAAUUUGUAUGUAUAGUAUAAAUAAAGCCAUCUUGAGAAAGUGAAAGAAGCAAUGCAGUAAUUGCCAGCCCAGCAUUGUGGUAAACGCAAUAAAACCCGUGUAUAAACGACUUGAAACAGGUAUACUCGUACUUUAAAAUAAAUGACUAAUUUGAGAA